AUGACAACAAGUAAACUACUAUUCUUCUUCGUCUUCGCCUUGUAUCUUUUAGCUCACGCAUCAAGCUCCAACCGUUUCAAUAAAGAUUCUUCGAGAGCUAUAUUGGAUGCACGAACAACAUGGAAACCUAAUGGAAAUACGGUAGCUGGUACGAAUAUUCCGGGUAGUGCUCUUAACCAACUAAAUUCAUCAUAUGGAGUGUUUGUUGAUUCAAAUAAUGCUCUCUUUGUUACUGACUUUUUUAAUAAUCGAGUGGUCAAAUGGGAGCUAGGUGCAACGAGUGGUAUCCUUUACGCAGAAGGCCAAUGUGGAUCAGGUAAUCAAAAUCAAUUGUGCAAUCCUACUGCCAUUACAAUCAAUCGAGAGGGUACUUUAUUUGUCACUGUCGAGAAUGCCUCUAGCGGAAGCGUGAUCAGUUUCAAGAAAGGAGCUACCUCAGGUGAAACAUUCAUUACAGGCAAUACUUCAUUUUAUGGCAUCGUUUGGGAUGAAAAAGAAGAGUAUCUCUAUCUCGGACAUCAUCGUGAACAUCGCGUCGUCAAAUACACGAAGGAUGGAAGAUUCGUGAGCGUCGUUGCUGGUGGUAAGGACCGAGGAGCGGCUCUCAAUCAACUUGACUAUCCUAGAGGUGUUGCAGUUGAUGAGGAUGGAUCAGUUUAUGUGGCAGAUUCCAACAAUCAUCGCAUAGUGAAAUGGAUGGUGAAUGCAGCCGAAGGAAGUAUUGUUGCAGGUGGCAAUGGAAACGGUAGUCGAACAGAUCAAAUCAGUUUACCAGGUGGUAUUAUUCGAGAUAAAAAUGGAACAAUCUAUGUAGCGGAUGAACAUAAUCAUCGCAUUGUGAGUGUGCCUAUAGGUGCAAGAAAUGUUACUAUUAUUGCAGGUGGACGUGGUCAGGGUAAUAGUUCGAACCAACUUAGUAAUCCUAUUAAUAUAGCAUUCAACAACGAAGGAGACUUAUAUGUCAGUGAUUGGAACAAUUUUCGAGUUCAAAUGUUUGUAAGAGAAACGGGUCCAUCCAGUGGUAGUGACAGUAGCUAUAUUUACACUCUUUCAAGCAAAUGGACACAGAUUGUUUGCUUCCUAUCAUUGAUGAUUUCAACUGCUCGUUUUUUCACAUAAAACCGUGGCAUUGUAACUUACAGCAACGUUUGCGACGCAAUAUGAAAUUGGAUAAUGAAACUGUUCUCUUUGACUAAUAUUUUCAUACUUUUGUGAAACAUGAUUGAACAUUAGUGUUGGAAUAAAUAGCAAAAAAAAACAGCAAACUAUUCUCGAUCACUCAGAUUGUAACAGAUAUUUCGACAUGCUGUUUUAGUUUUUAGGAGUAUGAUAUUAUGAAAUUAUAAACUUUGAGCAAUCAUGUUGUCGUUUUCCUCAUCAAAAAUAUUUUGCAUUUGAACACCUCUUCGUGCUGCAUUUUCAGGAGUUGCUUCGGAUAUUGCAUCGUCAUGUAAUUUCCAAGCGAGAGAUCAAUGUUUCUAUCUUGUAGGUGGGUGUGGGGCGUGAUAGUAGGUGUGUGGCGUAGAUGUGGGAUGUGGUUGUGGGAGAAAAAUUAGUUUUCAUCUCAUCCUUUCAUUCCAAUUGCCGGUAAGGUAGUCUAUGUACGACUUUCAGACAUGAGGAAAAAAACAGGGUGUUCGGGGCGGAGUUCGUAAAUGAAAUACAACAAAAAAAUAGGACGUCCGGAAUGAAGUAUGUCCAGAGGUUUGGAAUGAAUUCUGACAAUAGUUUUUCAAAGGUUGGACAGCGAAAUUUGACUGCAGGUUGUAGGUGUGGUGUGUGGUGUGUGGCAUGUGGGUGUCGGUGUGAGUAUGGAUUUGCAUAGUGAUGAAGACGAUUCACAUCCACACCUACAUCUUAAAUUCUUCUACGAAUUCUCCGUCGAUGUCAUUUGGUUCCUCCAAUCUUCUUCGGUAAAGGUCACCUUAGACUUACAUUUCGAACACCUGACCUUGUUCAUUACGAUCUUUCGGCGUAGUAUCAGUUUUGACAAGAGCAUUCUAUUCCGAACAUUCAGUCGAGCUAUCCCGAUUUUCUUGCUUUUUCAUUAUGGUCUCUUGUACAAAGUUGUUUACGAACUACCGUCAUAAUUAUUUUUUCGAUUAAGGUCAGUUCUGAACACCCGGUCACAUGUCCAUAGUUCGUGGGAAUCAGACCAGAGCUAAUUCAUCUGGAGUGAAUGUGACUGUUGUUGUGCUAUAAGAGAACAUCAAUAUCAACAUCCACACCCACAGCCUCCCUAUUACAUUUGUGAAGAUUUUUCUUGUUUUGAGAUUUUGCCCGAACUCCUUCACGUUUUUGAUGGAUGAUGUUUUCGAAUGUUCGUGAAUUGAAACGAACAGGGACGCAGUCAUGAAAUCUCCUGUGAAAAAAAGAUUUUCCGUGAGGAUACGCAGGAAAACAGUUUAGCGUGAGCGAAAACGUUUUUCUUCAUAAUGAGGUUUUCUCCUGAGAAAAUUCUUGGAUAUGUGCUCGACAAUGAACGAAUAUCUUCGAAUUUCUCAUGUGCAAAAGUUUUGUUGGACGAAGAUCAAAUAAAAAGAAAUCGAGCGUAAUUAACAGAUAUUGCGUUUUGUCGAAACUCUCUGGAUAAUAGUGUUAAAAAAAGAUAAGAGGAUGUGAUUGAUCGUUGAUUGAAAAAUGAAACUUGUCAAAUAGAAAUGAACUUUAUCUAACUCUUUUUCUUCAUAUUAAAACAUGAAUUGCAUAAGAAUUUAUUGAUCGUUAUAUUUUCUCAUUUUCAAUUAACGAAGUUUCGUUCAGAUAGAAAACAAGUGUCAUUAAUGGAUAAGAUUAAUAGGAUUUCGUACAAACUGAUUUGACAACAGUCGAUAAUACUAACAACUGUUUGAUUAGCUAAAGAAAUGGUCGAUCACUCGGAGAUUAAGACGAUCUGUCGGAAGAAAUUGAUCGAAAAGAGAUUUAUGGAAGCAAUCUUUUAGCACAUAAAUUAAGGGGGCCCCCUCCCUCAAAAAUCGAUCUCAGCUCCGGGACAUCGAGAUAGCAUGAAACUUUGGGGAUAUGUUGGAGGUGUAAAAGUACGUCUAUGGUAAAAUUUUCAGCCUCCUAUCCUGAUGUAUAAAGUAGAUACGAACCAAACAAGGGUUGAAAAAUAGCUUAUCGCAUCACCAAAAAUUCUCUAUAGGUGUUCAUUCAAUUUGGUUCAUUGUGUUUUCGUAUGAAAGAACAUGUCAGGGUGCAGUGCCUAUGAGGGCCCUUUUUUUUUAUUCUUAUCUUUAUGAAGGAAAACAGGCUUCACAAGUUCAAUCACUCAAAAAUCUCUCAAAAAAAUGGCGCUUAUAUUAUAAAGUCGCUUUUCAAUAUAAUAAUAAGAAAGCUUUAUCAAAAAAAGGGCCCUCAUAGGCACUGCAUUCUGACAUGCUCUUUCAAACGAAAAAAAAUAUUUGACUUUAUAUCGCAUUAUAGUUGACUUUUCGUGGUGAUGCGUCGCUCGACUACCACUUUGAGAAAAAAAGAAAACAAUUUUUGGAUUUUUUCAAAAACCGCUGGUUUUUCGAAUAGGGGUUGUCAGAAAUCUUGAAAGUUUUUCGGAAAAAAGGAGGUACCGAAGAAAACUUUUUAUUGUUUAUGAAAGAGCAAAUGACAGGCUAUCUCCCCAUGUAUUUAUCUCAAUCCUGACCAUUCUGACGAAAACUAACUUUUUUGAGGGAGGGGGCCCCCUUAAGUGAGAAAAAGUCACUAUCUGUAGUAUUGUUUGCAGUGCAAGAAGAAAAAACAGAUCACUUUUCUAAUUUAUUGGUAAUUGGAUCAUAGACGUGAAUAUUGUUUGGAGAUGUCAAUAAUAUGAUCAUACAUAACGGAAAAACAAUGAGAAUAGGAAAAUCUUUUACUUCUUUGUGUCUAUUUUUUGGGAAAUAAGUGCUCCAAUUGUCCAAGAAUAUCAAUCUGUUCGCUGUCAGUGGUCUCGCCAAGAAUAGCGAAUGCUUGUUUAAUGGCACCUUCAGGGUCGUCAUCUACAUACGAUACUCGGCACGCACCCAAUCUUUCCCAAAUUGAUCCCGAUCCUUGCCACGUUGAGCUAUACUGUUGUGGAUUCGUGCCUUUAUCGGCAUAAUAAAAUGCUCGAUAGGCGAUCCCAUGAACACUUACAUAACUUCCACCGGGAUAGUUAAGAUCGUUUCUCCAAACAGGUGGACACCAUUUUGGAUCAUCUUCGGGCGCAUCAGACGUCUUCUCACAGAUUCCUUCCCAGUUGUCAAUAUCCGAAUGAUAGGUAGUGGGCCGAUGUCGAGCGAAGCAUUCGACGGCAGCUUUGUCACAGAGGCAUGUGUCGCGAUCGCAUGUAUUUGGUAGAUCGUUACACUGAAUCUGACCAUAAUUCUGAUCAAAGUCAUACCAUCGCCAAAACGGUUGGCAACCAGCAGUACGACGCUCAGCAAAGUCCCAACAGAGGUCGUGGAUUUGACAACAACGAUCUGUCUCAUCAACAACAAGGCGACCACGAUGACCGGCACCACACCUAUGAAUAAGACAUAAUCUCUUUUAAAUUGAUCCAUUUUUGGAGAAUGAAAAUUUCUAAAAAAACUUCUUUUAACUAACAAAGUUUCUAGUUUUUGCAAUUUGUCUUCGAAUUCUCAUUUGGAAAAACCAUCUGACCUGACUUUUGUUUAAAACCAAUUGAAUGAACUCUCGAGAUCCGUCGAAAUAUACCGAUACGAUCUAUCAGAAGAAUGGAAUUAGUCAUUUUCAUGGGUUCAUCCAUACAAAAGAACUCAUGAUGAUAAUUCCGCAUCUACUUUUUUUCAAAUCUGUAGUCUAAGAUCUUUUUCAAACAAUUUCAGAUUAAAUUAGACUGAAGAAGAAAAACUCGAAUGUUUUCAGACAUUGAUUGCAAAGAAAGAAUAAAUGCAAGUUGUAAGACAAAAAAACAAAAUUGUCUCACCAACAACCAUAGCCAUUGUAUCCAAGGGGAUUGCCUGCUGCACCCAUGAUCAAAUAACCGAAUUGUAGGACGUUCCGAUUCUGAAUAGUGUUUUUUUUGUCGAAUACCAGUCAGUGGUCCACCAGCGAUCAUAGCUGCAAGCAAACUACUGGCCAGAACGAACAGAUAAAUAGAUUGCAUAUUUGAAUAAACGAACAAUGAAAAUUUGAAUAGCAAAUCAUGCAAGAGGUGUGAACUUUAAAUAUUAUUUCGAGUAUGUUUUCAUUACUAUUUCAGCUUAGUUUCAUGUUACUGAUUUCAUUCCGCGAAUAACAGUGAUAGAUGAGUAUCGACCUUCAAUCAGGCUUAGUUUCAUCUUUCCAAUUACGUUCUGCGAAUAAGGACCCAAUAAUGCGAUAUACUAGCAAAUGAUCAAUCCGGUCUUGUAUCAAACUGUAGCUCAUGUUACUACUUUCAUUCCGCGAAGAAAAAUGCUAGGAUGCAUCGAUCGAAUCGGAAUCAGCGGUUGCCACAUUUUAUCCAAUUUCUUUCCUCGAUCUGGUUCGCAAGCUUUUCAGAUUUUUGCAUUUUUUAAGAUAAACCUAUUAAAGUAAGAGUUAUCUCGACUCAGGUAUCAGUUAAAGAUGUGAACAAGAAAGCGAAUGCACUAUCAGAGGAAGCAUAUUUCACUCAUGUUUAUUCUUCUCUGUUGUUUUCGUUCCGUAUGGAAACGACAUUAGUGUCAGUCAGAUCAUCAACCAUUCCUUUCUUAUUGUCUUUAACGUCAACAAUGAGCUGUUUCAGCCAGAAAUCAAUCUGGCGAACGUUCUUGACAAUCACUUACCCUUUCCAAUCGAUUGUAUUUUCAAUGCGUAUAACACUUUUUAAAUGAAAAGCAAUUUGAAAUAUCCGUACUCCGAACAUCAUAUAGAUAGAUCUCAAUGUUAAAUAAAUGGUGAAUGUCACUGAUCGGAAUUUUUCUAUCAAUUGUUUGAUUCAGAAAUCGAAUCGUUGACUUAAACAGAAAGUUGUCGAAAUAAUGAGAGAAUUGAUGAUCUCAUUAUUGGUUAAGGUAGACGGUCAAGACUCAAGCCAAAACUAUUGAGCCUCACCGCCAAAUGUAACCUUGCCAGUUAGACUUCGUCAUGAACUUCCAUCCUCAUUCUCGAAAUUAAAAAAAUUAAUAUACAGACCCUUUUUAAGUUCUAGCCGCUGAUACAAAAUUAGUGCCUCAUUUUGUUUUCACAUCCGGAACCUUAUUUUUUCGAGCAUCCGACACAGGUAGACAGGUUAGCCUUCCACCCUAAAAAUUCAAAUUAUUUCACUAUCACAAAUGCUGUUUAUAAAGAAGAUAGUAUCAUGUUGAUCGUAUGGAAAUUAGUACCCGUUCAUACUCAGAUAAGUAAGAUUGGACAGACAACUCUAUUUGAAUAUUGAUUUCUUCCUUAUUUUAUCCGAAGAGAGUUGUCAGAGCGAAUAUGAUCAUAAGUGAGUGAAUUGAUAAAGAGCCAAAUGACGAACAAGACAACUAUUUAUUUGGUUAGAGCUAUCAUACCUUUGAUUUCAUGAAGUGAAAUGAUUCAAUCAGUCACUGAGGGUAUGGGUGUUACUAUCGUCAUUGGCACCCACACCCUAGCAUCUAUCGGAUAAAACCUUCUAAUUUGAUCAAGUUUUGAUCGUCUCUGAAGCUGAACAUCAAAAUGACAAUUCGAGCGAACAAUAUUAAAUUUCGAUACUUAAGCGAACCUGAAAUUGACGCGUCAAAACAUCUAUUUAAUUGUCGCUUAGAAUAAUGUUUUCGAAAUCAACUAAUAUAAUAUCACAGAACAAUAAAAGUUUUAAAACAACACAACAUAUGAGUUGUAACGAUGAAACCAGUGACAUCUAUUGUAGUGAUGAGCAAGAACUGUUUUUAUCAAAAAUAAUGUUUCACACAUUAGUAUAAUCUUCAAAGUAUUUAUUUAAACAGACUUCAUAUGUUUGAACAAUUCCAAAAAAAGAAAGAAGUUCUCGAAGAAGAUGGUUGGUUGACAUUUUUGUCGAAUUAUUCAAACGUACAUGAUUCAGUCUUCUGCUUUUAUUUUCAACAUGAUGAGUGCAUCUCAAUUUCGUCUAGCUACAGUUAACAUUCAUUCCUUUUGUGAUUCUAAUUGG